ACGGCCACCACCCCACAGCAGUAAACUCCGCUGCAGCACACACAAACCAUAGACCAGGCAAGAAGCCAAGGAGCGUGAGACCGGCCGGCCGGAGAUGGGCGCGAGCCUCCUGCAGGCGGUGGCGGCGCUGGUGAGCACGUGCACGCGGCGGCUGCAGCGCGCGGCGAAGAGGAUGGGCAGCGGCAGGCCGGCCGUGGCGCCGUGGAGGAAAGCCUUCUCGCUGCCGACGGGCAAGGGGAGGGCGUUGGGGCGGGAGGAGGAGGAGGAGGGCGGGCUGUGGAGGAAGGAGAUACUCAUGGGGGAGCGCUGCCAGCCGCUCGAGUUCUCCGGGGUCAUCUACUACGACGCCGACGGACACCGCCUCGCGCAGCCGCCCCGCUCGCCCAUGCGCAGCCCGCUCCCGGCGUCCUUCAAGCUCGCCGCCAACGCCGGCGUCCGCUAGCUAGCGUCCGUGCGGAGGCGCUCCUCCUCCUCCUCCUCGUCCUUCCUUGGGCCGAGCAGAGCGGAAAGAUGGCGAAGCUUGCUCUGUUUUUUGUCCGGUGAGAGAGGCAGAGUAUUCGUGUAUAUGUUGGUUCUUCUUAGUGCCCUGUUUCUUUUUUAUUUUAUUAAUGGUCUUGUAAUGAUAGGAAUUAUAAACUAUACUUUCCUGCAAAAUUUGGUGUUGUCUAAGCAAGCUUCUUUGAUUGAA